AUGCGUUCCUACACGGCCCUUUGCCUGGGCUUCUUAGCCCCCUCAGCCCUCGCCCUCUGUCCGUACGCACAGCAGAUGGCCCGCGAUGUCGACACACCCAACCCUCAUUCCCUCCCACCACGCGAUCUCUCUGUGUCAGACGAUAAAAAGGGAGUCUUCCUCAUGAAUCGGAUCGCCCCUGGCACCUCGCAACUCUACAUUGCCAACACCGACGGCUCGGGCGAGCGUCCUCUCCUCUCCGACCCCGUCUACGAAUAUCACGCCGAGUUCUCCCCCGACGGCCAAUGGAUCUCUUUCACCAGUGAGCGGAACGGAGACGGAAACUCUGAUAUCUACCGCGUCCGAACCAACGGGUCCGAUCUACAGGAGCUAGUUGCGACACCCUCCGUCGAGGACUCGGUGGUGCUGUCGCCGAACGGAAGCCUAGCAGCCUACGUCUCGACGGCGAACGGCUACAAGGCCAACGUCUGGGUGUUGGAUAUCGAGACGGGGAAGAAGUGGAACCUGACGGAUACGCCCACUACGGCUGGAAACGCGUCCUUGAUGAAUGGGUAUUUUCGGCCAUCCUGGUCUCCGGAUGGUCAGUGGAUUGCCUUUUCCUCGGAUCGUAACGUCGACUGGGAUGGCCAUGGGGACCAGACCUACCUCGGUCUCAGCGGCUGGGAGCAUACUCAGGAACUGUCGAUCUAUGUCAUUAGGCCGGAUGGGUCGGAUUUCCGCCAGGUCGUGACGAAGAAGGGAUAUGCUUUGGGUUCGCCGAAGUGGUCGCCCGACGGCAAGCGCAUUCUCUAUUACCAGAUGACUCGGGCAACUACGUGGGAUGCGCACCGUCCUGAGUCUGUUGCAUCUGCCAACUCGACUCUGGUUUCCGUCGAUUUCGAGUCCGGUUCCGAUGUCAAGGAAGAGGUCGGCGGCACCGGCGUCAAGAUCUACCCGCAGUAUAUCACGCCGAACGAGAUCGGAUACCUGAUCAAGGGCGGCGACAAAGAAGGCAUCUUCACCACAGCUGGCGCAUACAUCAACAGCAGCACCAUCCGCACGCCCGCAUGGUCCCCCGACGGCAAGAAGGUCGUCUACGAGAAGAUCGGCUGGGACAUCCGGCCCAUGGAGAAGAAGCUCUUCAGCUGGGACGACGACUGGGAGUACCGCUUCACCGACGUCUUCCCGCAGCUCUCCAUGCAGAACCAGCUUGCCAUCACCCAGAAGCAACUCGGCAACUCCUCCGUCGUCACCAUGACCCCCGCCGCCGACAACCUGCGCCUCAUCUACGACGCCCUCGACAACGAUAUGGUCAACACCGGCCAGAACGCCCAGGGCCUCGCCGGCGCCUUCCAGCCCGCCUGGUCCCCCGACGGCGAGUGGCUCGUCUUCGGCCUGGGUUCCUGGUUCACCCAGCGCGGCGCCUACGGUGGCUGGCUGAUCCGCGCCACGGCCAACGGCUCGCACACCGAAGUCCUCACCAACAGCACCGCCGAUCUAUCCGACAACACCACGGCCAUCAACUCCGGCUUUCCCAGCUUCUCGCACGACGGUAAGAAGGUCGUCUUCCGCGUCUGGGGCACCCAGUCAUCUAAGGGCGCACAGUCGCAGCUCGGCCUACGCGUGCUGGAUCUCGAGACCCGUCAGAUCUCCGUGCUCACAACGGAAUGGGAUAACCUACCGUUCUUUUCCCCCGACGGCGAGCGCAUCGUGUUCACGCGCAAGACCAGCCCCACGAACUACGAGGUCUGCACCAUCCGUCCGGACGGGUCGGAUCUGCGCAUUCUGACGAGUAGUGGUGCGAACGACGCGCAUGCCGUCUGGUCGUGGGAUGGUCGCAUUAUUUAUUCCACCGGCAUGUUCGGCUUCCAGUAUGAGUGCGCCCUGUAUGAUAACACCUUCCAGCCCUAUGGCCAGAUCAUGGUCAUGGAUGCCGAUGGCGGCAAUAAACAGGUCUUGACGGACUCGAUCUGGGAGGACUCGAUGCCUUUGUAUGUGCCGAAUUCUGCGCAGCGCAAGUGA